AAAUUUACAAAAUGUGUACGACUGCGGACUGUUGUUUAUUGUCUAACGUGAAAUGUCCGUACGUUUUACGUUGACAAUAAAGUGUACUGUGUAAAAUAUAAAUUGUAAUCGACAAUCUACGAUUACUGACUUGUUAAUGUGUCUGCAGAAUGGAUAAAUUCCUUAUUCUUGUUUCUUUUGUUUAGAGUUCGGGUUUCUUUGUUUAUACUUUUUAAUCAUCGCUUAUGUACAUUUAUUGUCCGUUGUAAUCGACUUAAAAGCAAAAAAGGUUUUUCCAUUACUCACUAUCCGUUGCCCGUCUUUCGGCAUCUAUAAUAAUUGUUCUUGUAUUUUAUUUCGGUCGUCGACAACGUCUAACAACAACAGAUUUAAACACACACAAUGGAUGAUUCAAAAGAACAUCACUCAACCGGUUCUUAUGUUGAACCAAGAAUUCCUAGCAUAACCGGUUUUGGGCAAAGAAAGUUGAUUGGUAAACCUAAGAAAGUUUUGGAUUAUUCUAUGGAGCGAAGCAAUGAUAAUAGUGGAAUUCCGAAAAUUGAUGUCUGCCUUCGUAUUAAACCACGUACAGUUAACAAAUUACUUAAUGAUAAUACACUUACAAUCUUGAGUGAUACUACAGUUGCUGUCAACAAUGGAAAUGCACGAGAAGAUGUUACAGAGUAUACAUUCUCAAGUAUCUUUGGACCAAAUGUGGAUCAAAAGAAAUUUUUUGACAAUUGGGUGUACGAUAAAGUGUUAAGAUUUUUAAAUGGAAAUAAUGAACUUUUGUUUGCAUACGGAACGACAAAUGCUGGAAAAACAUUUACCAUUCACGGAACUCAUAACGAUCCUGGCCUUAUUCCAAGAACUUUACAGUUAGUGUUUAGUACUUUGAAUGACAAACUUAUGCCUACAUGUAAAUACAAGCCUGAUAAAGUUAUAGCAGCUCAUAUUUUAGAUGAAAAUCUUAUGGAAAUUGAAGAAAACAUGCGAAAAAACAUUUUAACAAAUUGGGCAUUUGACAAGACUCAAUGCACCAGCGUGUCACAGAAUGAUGAUGUCCAAUCGAUGCAAAGUCUUGAUCAACUGUCUAAUAUCAAUAUUACCAAAAUGUUUGAUGUGUUGAAGAGUGACGAAAAGGCGGUUUUGAAUCACGGUGAUGUGUUAUACACAGUUUGGGUGACCUAUGCAGAAAUAUAUAAUGAAGCUAUUUAUGAUCUUUUGGUCAGUCACACAAUUAACCAAAAGCGAAUACCGUUAAAACUUUCACAUGAUCAAAACAAAAAUGUAUAUGUCAGAGAUCUGACACACAUUUAUAUUAAAUCUGCCGAAGAAGCAUACAAGGUUAUGUCUUUUGGUAAAAAUAAUUUAAAAAUUGCUAGCAAUAACUUGAACAAACUUUCAAGUAGAUCUCAUUGUAUUUUUACUUUGAAAUUAAUGAGAGUAGAAAAUGUUGUAGAUCCUAAAACAGCUGUAAUAAGCAGCAUAUCGUUUUGCGAUUUGGCCGGAUCUGAGCGUCUUAAAAAGACUCUGAAUAUUGGUGAUAGACUUAAAGAAUCCAAAAAUAUAAACACAUCAUUACUUGUACUCAACAAGUGUUUCUCUGUGUUGCGAGAGAACCAAAAGCGUGGAGAAAAUCAUCUUGUUCCAUACAGAGAAUCCAAACUAACGCAGAUGUUUCAGACGGCUUUAACCGGAACAAACAAGACAGGUAUUUCAAUGACCGUAAACGUUGAUACGUCUCCAAGUUUGUUGGAAGAAACAAAACAAGUUUUGACGAUGUCGGCCAUUGUACGCUCUAUUGCUAAAACAAAACCAAAAGUCAAACCUAGGCCCAGUUUUGCUGUAUGGGUUACUAACAACCGCAAGAGUUUGACUAGUGCUAAAGGAGAAAACAAUAUUAUUAAUGAAGAUGAAGAGGAUAACUCAGCCUUAGAAAAAAAAUCUAUGUUGUAUGAAGAUUUUGAAACUGUAUUAAAUGAGGAAAAAGCCAAAUUACGAAAAGAACUGGUUGGACAGUUUCAAAAAAUGUUAGAAGAUAAUAAUACAUUUUGUCAAAAACAAAGAGAAAAUAUGUUGAAGAACAAAACUGAAAUGUAUGAAAAUAAAAUAAAACGUUUAAAAGAAUUUUAUUUGGAUGAAAUUCGUGAAAGAGACGAUAAAUUAGCAAACAAAAAUGGAUAUAACCGUCCUUUAAUAGAAACCCAAGAGCUAAUUAACAAUAAAAGUGAAAUGGAAAAUUUCGAGUUUAGAAUCGGCGAACUUGAGCUUCAAAAAGAAGAAUUGAUUACUGAAAUAAAAACUCUGAAAAACCAACAACAAUUGUCUCAAGAAAAUGUAAAAGUUAAAAAUGAAGAAAUUGAAAUGUAUAAAGGUAUGUUAAUAGAAGCAAAUACGGAAUAUGAAAAAUUGGAAGUUGCCCUUAAAGAUUUCAAUGAUAGAUAUGAUGAGUUAGCACAAGAAUUGGAAGAUAAGGAUUUAGAAAUUGAACGGCUUAACGGAGCAGUAUUUGCAAAAGAUAACAUAAUAUUUGAGAUGGAGGAAAAUCAAGAUGAACUCGUGGAACAAAAGCUAUACCCAUACAUAGAAGAAUAUGUUGUAAAAACUAGUGAGUUAAACGAAAUUAUAGCCAACCUUAAAACAGAAAUAAAAACAUUGACUGAAGAAAAUACAAGACUAAGAACAAAGUGUCAAAAAGCUCGCGAAGAUCAAAUAGCGAUAGCAAAAAAGUAUCAAUUAUUGAGGAAUAAUUACAAAAUUGUGUUGAAAAAUACAAACAUGACUAAUUUUUCCAUGGAUUCAAAUAUUUCUUCCCAAGUGCUGCCUGACCAAGAAGGUAGUAUUUCUAAGCUACAAGAAACCAAUAUUGAGCUUGAAAAAAAAAUCAAGGAAUAUCAAAAUAAAUGUCAGGAGCUACAAAGUACCAACGAAGUGUUGAGUGAACUUAAUUUAAAAGCAACUAAACCUGAAAUGAAAAGUAUUGCUGUGUUGACUGAUAUUAGCAAUUUGCAUAUGCCUUUAGACCAUGUAAUUGAAAGAGAAGGCAAAGAAAACGAGCUCACUCAGUCGGGAUUUAGACCACAACGCAAAUGCAAAGCUACUAAGACACCUGUGUCAAAUAAAAAGAAAAGACUGGUGAACAAAGGUACUCCCGACAUGAGUGAUAAACUGUUAGACGAUGCAAUAAACAAUAUUCCAAUAAGUACACGAAAACGCAAACUAUUUGAUAGCAAACCUCCACUAACGGACAGCAGUAAUAUGACAUCUGAUCACACAUUGGAUACUAUACCAUCUCCGGCACGUGCUCUUCAUCAAAUGGCAAAACUUCGUCAAAAAAAAUAAGCAAAUACCAUUAUUUUGUACUUAAAAUUUAAAACUGAUGAUUAUAAACUUUUGUUUUUUUUUAAUUUUAUCAAGUAUCGACUUAAUAUUAUUUCUUUUUCUUUUUUUUCAUUGUGUAAUUUAGAAUUUUAUAUAAUUUAAGCUCUUACAGAAGACUAGUGUAAGAUGUAUGUUAUAUAUUUGUGUUUUUUUCUUCGUUGUAAUUUCAUUACAUUAUAUUAUUUUGUAUGCUCUUUUAAUGCUUGUAUUUUUUAAUUUUUACUUUUACAAAUUACAACAGUAAUACAUAUA